GCAAGUCGAUGGGUGGAUGCUGCCAGUGCUAACCCUCUCACGCGCGUGCCGCCUGCUCCGCCUCCCCACCCUCCACCCUGAGGCUAGGGUUUUGCCCGCCGCCGCCGCCGCCGCAAUCCACCACUACUUCCCCUUCUCCUCCGCAUCAACCACCACCAGUCCGAUGGCGUCGUCGUCGCCGGAUUGGUCGGCCUGGCGGACCCGCAAGACGUUCAUCGACUUCUUCGUGUCCAAGUCUCACACGCGGUGGGCUUCGAGCCCCACGGUCCCCGUCGACGACCCCACGCUGCUGUUCGCCAACGCCGGAAUGAACCAGUUCAAGCCGGUCUUCCUCGGAACGGCGGCCCCGGACUCGCCGCUCGGCAGGCUGCGUCGCGCCUGCAACACCCAGAAGUGCAUCCGCGCCGGCGGGAAGCACAACGACCUCGAUGACGUGGGGAAGGACACCUACCACCACACCUUCUUCGAGAUGCUCGGGAACUGGUCCUUCGGGGACUACUUCAAGGAGGAGGCCAUCGGCUGGGCCUGGGAGCUCCUCACCGAGGUUUACAAAUUGCCUACUGACAGAAUUUAUGCCACAUACUUUGGUGGUGAUGAGAAAUCUGGUCUCGCUGCUGAUAAUGAGUCGAAGAACAUAUGGUUGAAAUAUCUACCAGAAGAAAAGGUUCUGCCUUUUGGGUGCAAGGACAACUUUUGGGAGAUGGGUGACACUGGUCCUUGUGGACCCUGUACUGAAAUCCAUUUUGAUCGUAUAGGCAACCGUGAUGCUGCUUCAUUAGUUAACAAUGAUGACCCUACAUGUAUUGAAAUAUGGAACCUUGUGUUCAUUCAGUUCAAUAGGGAGGCAGAUGGUAGUUUAAGAACUUUGCCAGCAAAACAUGUGGACACUGGGUUGGGCUUUGAGCGAUUAAUUUCUAUUCUUCAGAAUAAAAUGAGCAACUAUGACACAGAUGUAUUCAUGCCAUUAUUCGAUGCUAUCCACAAGUUAGCUGGUGAUGGGAUUCAACCAUACUCUGGUAAAGUAGGUUCUGAUGAUGUUGGCAAAGUUGAUAUGGCUUAUAGAGUAGUCGCAGAUCAUAUAAGAACUCUUUCUUUCGCUAUUGCUGAUGGUUCUCAACCUGGAAAUGAGGGAAGAGAAUAUGUUCUGAGGCGUAUACUCAGACGGGCUGUUCACUUUGGUCAUCAGAAAUUGAAGACAAAGCCAAAGUUUUUUAGCUCCCUUGUUAAUGUUUUUGUACAAAUGAUGGGUGAUGUGUUUCCUGAGCUAAAAGACAACGAAAAGAAGAUCCAAGAUAUAAUUAGAGAUGAAGAAGAAAGCUUUGAGAACACUCUAGCAAAGGGGUACGAGAAAUUUAAGAAAGCUGCAGAUGCUGUUAAGGAGAAUGGAGGGACAGUGCUUAGUGGUCAGGAUGCAUUUAUCCUGUGGGAUACGUAUGGUUAUCCGAUUGAUUUGACUGAGGUCAUGGCAAUUGACUAUGGGCUGACUGUCGACAAAGAGGGUUUUAAUGCUUCUAUGGAAGAAGCAAGGCAAAAAGCUAGGAAUGCUCGCAACAAGGCUGGAGGGAAUUCUAUUGUUAUGGAUGCCAAUGCUACAGCACAGCUGCGCAACGAGGGGCUUGCUAGCACAGAUGAUAGCCCAAAGUUCAUGUGGCCCAAGGAACAUGGAAGUGUGGUCAAGGCCAUCUAUACUGGCUCAGAAUACAUAGCUACUGCAUCAGGUUAUGAGGAUUUGGGCCUUGUGUUGGAAAGUACAAGCUUCUAUGCAGAACAGGGUGGUCAGAUAUAUGACACUGGGAGAAUUGAAGGGUCUUUUGGAACUUUUAAUGUGAACAAUGUCCAAGUGUUUGCUGGCUAUGUUUUGCAUAUUGGUUCGUUUACAGAAAGUUCUAAGGCUUUAUCUGUUGGUGAUAGUGUAAUAUGCAAGGUUGAUUAUGAUCGGCGCACUCUAAUUGCUCCAAAUCACACAUGUACACAUAUGCUGAACUUUGCUCUGAGGGAAGUACUUGGCGAUCAUGUUGACCAGAAAGGUUCAAUAGUUCUACCUGAGAAGCUGAGAUUUGAUUUUUCUCAUGGAAAACCUGUUCAGCCUGAAGAUUUGAGAAAAAUUGAGUCCAUAGUGAACCAACAAAUAAAGGAUGAGCUGGAUGUAUAUGCUAGUGAAAUAAAAUUAGCAGACGCAAAGCGCAUAAAUGGUCUACGUGCUGUGUUUGGUGAAAUUUACCCCGAUCCCGUAAGAGUUGUAUCAGUUGGCCGCAAGGUAGAAGAUCUGCUUGCAAAUCCAGAGAACAAAGAGUGGCUAUCCAUAUCAACUGAGCUGUGUGGAGGUACACAUAUCUCGAACACGAGAGAUGCCAAAGCAUUUGCACUUAUAUCUGAAGAGGGUAUCGCAAAAGGUGUUAGGAGGAUAACAGCUGUUACUGCUGGAUGUGCCUCCCAGGCUAUGGAGUUAGCAUCAUCUAUUGAUUGUGACAUCAGUGAAGCAUCUCAAUUGGAGGGAGCAAUAUUGGAGAAGCAAAUUGCUUCCAUCAAGAAUAAGCUGGAUGCAUCUGCCAUCCCUGCUGCCAGAAAAGCUGAUCUAAGAGGCAUGGUUUCCAAGUUGGAGGAUCAACUUAGGAAGGCCAAGAAGAAAAUGGGUGAACAGAAUAUCCAAAAGGCUGUAAAGACUGCAAUGGAUGCAGCUGAAGCUGCUCUUUCAGAAAAGAAGCCCUUUUGUGUCACUCAUGUUGAUGUGGGCCUUGAUACCACUGCUGUCCGGGAAGCGGUUAUCAAGGUCAUGGCCCAAAAGGGUUUGCCAAUAAUGCUAUUCAGCACAGAUGAGGCAUCAAACAAAGCUGUUAUCUAUGCUGGUGUGCCACCCAACACUACCAGUGGCUUCAAGGUGUUGGAUUGGCUAACACCUUCAAUUGCACCACUGAAGGGAAGAGGUGGUGGUGGCAAGAAUGGUGUUGCCCAGGGCCAGGGAAGUGAUGCUUCUCAACUCAAGGAGGCAAUGGAGCUCGCGAACAACAUUGCCGCGAUGAAGCUCAGCUGAUGGGUCGAAUACCUUGUGCACUCUACUUUCGAGCUCAUGUGUGGCUGUAGGUCCAGCGCUCUUCACUUUUACAUUCCGUCUUUCACCUAACAGAAAUUAUGUAAGGUUUGCUGUUUCAUUUACAUACUAUACCAUUCAAACCACAUGAUGACAUACAACCUAACUAUUAAGAGCUGGCUGCUGCAGUUAUCUUAUUUCUGCUGAUGUAUAAGGUGUUAAAUUAUUCAAUACAUCAUGUGGCAUUAUUUGAA